AUGGCGUUCAACUGUUCCACCGUCCCCGAGACGACAAACACCGACGCGGGAGUAGCAGGUGCAGGCACCCUCCUCUCCUUCAUAAUAACCAACAUCCUCUCCAUCCUCCUCUCCGCCACCAUAAUCCUGCUCGGCCUCCGAAAAUCCACCUCCGCCCCCAUCAGCCGCAAACUGUUGCAAUCCUUCUCCGACCAACAAAUCCUAACAGGCAUCGGCAUCCAAUCCGUCGGCCUCGCAAAGAUGAAAACAAUGGUACCCUACCACUUCUUCAUCAUCUGGCUCCUCUCCCUCCUCUCCACCGCUACAAACCUCGCCACCCUCCUCGCCCUCGUCAACGACUUCAAGCGCGACUGGGUGCUACGCUGGAUCCGGCAGAUCCUCAUGUUGGUAAACAUGUUCCUGGGCAUCCUCUCGGGGGUCUUCAUCCUGCAGACGGUGAUGAAAGACAUGGAGCCCAGACUACCCAUUGCAUGUGUAUGGGAAGUGGAAAGCAAAGGCCGGAGCGGAAACGCCGCGCUCUCCAUCGCCGGCACCAUCGCCGUCAUCGCAGGCCAAGUCCUAACCUUCGGCUUCGCAACAUGGUACCUGCACAACCGCUCAAACCCCAAAUGGCUCAAAACCGUGCAAGUCGUCGGUCUCUUCGCGUGUCUCGCCAUGGGCGUCGGGGCAACCAUACGCGUCGUUCUCGAGUCCCAGGCUUUCGGUCAUCCACCGCAGUCCGUUCAUCUCGUGGGCCCUUCUGAGGGCAACUGGAGUUUCGGGCAGUUGCUACCGUUGCUGUUGUUGGCGUUGCCGGUGAUUAGUACGAUUGAGAUUGCGAGGGGGGAGGAGAUGAAGCCGAGGAGUAGGGUUGAUGAUGAUAGUGUGCCGCUUUUUGCGCAAGGGGGCGGGAAUGAUAUGGAGUUUCAGCCUAAUCCGUUGGUGGGGAGUCAGACGAGUUUGUUUAGGAAGUAG